AUGCUUCACCGCGAUCCACUGAGGGGUGCUAACCGGCCUGUGUACGUGCUGUAUAUGAUAUUGCAGGCCCUGGCGGAUAUGUUUCGGCACAAGCACAAUGCGCCUGGCUUCAGAAUGGGACCGAGGAGAGACAAGGACACCGAGAGUGGGCAUCGGGCAUAUUCCACUGCAGAAACUGGCACAUGGUGGCAAGAAGCACAGGUGAGUGCUAUUGAUAGCUGCUUGCAGUUGCGAGAGAUGGUGAGUGAUGAGAGGGGAGGUGCAGAGUUUGUGAGUGAUGGGACGGGAGGUGCAGAGAUUGGCUGCAUGAAGCCGUGCAGCCUCUGCACCCUGGUGAGUGCUGUGAGGGGAGGCGCUGAGAUGGUGAGUGCUGUGAGGGGAGGUGCUGAGAUGGUGAGUGCGGUGAGGGGAGGUGCUGAGAUGGUGAGUGCUGUGAGGGGAGGUGCUGAGAUGGUGAGUGCUGUGAGGGGAGGCGCUGAGAUGGUGAGUGCUGUGAGGGGAGGUGCUGAGAUGGUGAGUGCUGUGAGGGGAGGUGCUGAGAUGGUGAGUGCUGUGAGGGGAGGUGCUGAGAUGGUGAGUGCUGUGAGGGGAGGUGCUGAGAUGGUGAGUGCUGUGAGGGGAGGCGCUGAGAUGGUGAGUGCUGUGAGGGGAGGUGCUGAGAUGGUGAGUGCUGUGAGGGGAGGUGCUGAGAUGGUGAGUGCUGUGAGGGGAGGCGCUGAGAUGGUGAGUGCUGUGAGGGGAGGCGCUGAGAUGGUGAGUGCUGUGAGGGGAGGUGCUGAGAUGGUGAGUGCUGUGAGGGGAGGUGCUGAGAUGGUGAGUGCUGUGAGGGGAGGUGCUGAGAUGGUGAGUGCUGUGAGGGGAGGUGCUGAGAUGGUGAGUGCUGUGAGGGGAGGUGCUGAGAUGGUGAGUGCUGUGAGGGGAGGUGCUGAGAUGGUGAGUGCUGUGAGGGGAGGCGCUGAGAUGGUGAGUGCUGUGAGGGGAGGUGCUGAGAUGGUGAGUGCUGUGAGGGGAGGCGCUGAGAUGGUGAGUGCUGUGAGGGGAGGCGCUGAGAUGGUGAGUGCUGUGAGGGGAGGUGCUGAGAUGGUGAGUGCUGUGAGGGGAGGUGCUGAGAUGGUGAGUGCUGUGAGGGGAGGUGCUGAGAUGGUGAGUGCUGUGAGGGGAGGUGCUGAGAUGGUGAGUGCUGUGAGGGGAGGCGCUGAGAUGGUGAGUGCUGUGAGGGGAGGUGCUGAGAUGGUGAGUGCUGUGAGGGGAGGUGCUGAGAUGGUGAGUGCUGUGAGGGGAGGCGCUGAGAUGGUGAGUGCUGUGAGGGGAGGUGCUGAGAUGGUGAGUGCUGUGAGGGGAGGUGCUGAGAUGGUGAGUGCUGUGAGGGGAGGCGCUGAGAUGGUGAGUGCUGUGAGGGGAGGUGCUGAGAUGGUGAGUGCUGUGAGGGGAGGUGCUGAGAUGGUGAGUGCUGUGAUGUGA